UUUCACUUGAAACAUAACCCAUGUGGAAUGCCUACACAAAAUUUUUAUCCAUUUGAUGCUAGCAAACCGCACAUCUUUUGGAUAGUUUACAUGAUGGAGGCCAAUUACUGUGUUCAUAUAUGUUAUGCGUUUUCUCUAGCAACUGCCAUGGUUACAGGACUAUUAAUACAUAUCAUUGCACAAUUAAAAAAUUGUGGUGCAAUGUUUGAAAAUGUUUUUAAUGAAAAUGAAGAAAAUCUAAAUGGUUUUAAGGAUGCUGCCAAAAGAAAAUUUAUAACUUGCGUUAAAUACCAUCAAGAGAUAUUAUUAUAUACGGAAAGAGUGUUUAAUGUCUUCAGCCGCAUGUUGAUUAUUUACGUUACCAUGACAUCUUUUACUCUAGCAGUCAUAAGUUAUCAAAUAGCUAAUUCGAAGACCAAUUAUCAGGACAGAUUGAGAUACGCCAUGCUUUUAAUUGGUUGGCUUGUGUUAUUCUUUAUGGUAUGUUACUAUGGCCAAAAAGUUAGUGAAGAGUCUAUGAAUGUAGCUGGAUCGGUUUACAAAAGUAAAUGGUACGAAUUUGAUAUCGAUGCAAAGUUGCGAAAAAAUAUAAUUUUGGUAAUUGCUAGAGCCCAGAAACCUUUGACAUUAAAAGCCAAAUAUAUGGGUACUAUUUCCUUAGUGCGAUUUGUGAGAGUUCUUAGGAGAGCUUACUCAUUUUUUACAUUAUUAUUGGCAGUUACCGAUAAUUAAAAAGGACGAGUUAUAUUUAUAUGCAUUAGUCGACACCAGCACUCCAUACUUAAAUUAUUUCUAUUCUCAAUAUAUAUUAAGCAACAUAAUAAAAUAGAAUAGAUAUAUCAAAUUUAAGCAGUAAAAUUUUAGAAAAUAGGUACCUAAGUAUGUCCAGGUGGAAAUCUACGCUAUCGAAAGAUGCGUACAACUUAUCUUAGAUAAGCACUAUCGGAAAGAAGAAAUAGGUAUCUCAUCCGAUAAUAAUCAAGCAACCUUAAAAGCGAUCGACUCAGUAACCAUCAACAUCAAUUCGAAUUGGGAUAAUAAAUAAUAAUGUAUUUAACACGUCGUUUCUGGCAUCAUAUUCUCCCUCUGUGUAUGUAGCUUGCAAUGCCACCUUGGUUGAAAAUCUUAGAAAAUGGACAAAAUGCAUUUAGUAAGUCUGCUCCUCAUAUAAGAAGAUAGAAGUGACGACAUGCCGCAAGCUGUUUUACCUUAAAAUAAUUGAAUGCUACAUCUACAUCUUACGGAGAUCUACGAUCCUACGUACGUUGAUUGCCAACAAAAGACGUUAAAUCAAUUUUAUAUAUUUUUUUAUUUUGUAUAACAAAAGAAUUUGUAGCGUUUACAUACUUAAUGUAAUACUAGAUAUAUGCCAUAUGUGUGUGGUAUACUGUAUAUCUACUAUUCAGAGACAGAAUAUUCCCACGCUUAUUAUUUUAUAAAUUUCCUUCACAUAUUUACAUUUGUUUGUAUAUUCCCUUUGAUUUA